GAACAGCUGAGAGUCGGCCUUCAGUUGCACUCCGGCAGCGUCACCUUGGACGACAUCCAUGUAUCUCUGGAGCUAAACGCGGCAGCUUGGGUACUUGUACAAUUUUACACAGGUCGAAUCGAAAGCAAAAGAUUCUGAUAUGCACGUUCAAAUUAUAACCUCGUAUUUAUAGUGUUUAAUGCUCUAUAAGUUUCAUGAAGCCAUCGCCUGUGUUCAAAGUGUACAUCACUACAGUUUGUGCACUGUGUGAUAACGGCAGCUGGAAAAUACUCAUGUAAAAUCAGACAUUCGGUGACCGUUAUAUGUAAUGUGUCAAUGAAAAUUGUAGUUUAUGAAUUUUGUUUUAAUUCGUAAAAAGAAGCGUCAUGUCUUUUAUGUCACUGCUGUUACAGUAGUUACAGAGGAAAACACUUUAUCUACUGAAAUAUUUGGCUUACCGCAAGCGGCUGACACACGUCGAGACCUUGCUUGGUACAUUUCCACAGCUACAAACUAUACAAACCGAGGGACAUUAAAUGUGCUAUGAUUUCAGUAACAACAAUAGCUGUUUCGUCGAUAAAUAAUCGAUUGUUUUUGCAUUUUUUGUGACUGUGAGAAACUGACAAGAUAUUCCUGUAGAAAAAUUUCCAUUUACGAAUGGUCGCCAUUAUUUAUGUAUAAACAGUGUCAGUUCUGUUUCUGAUAUACGAAAUGCAACAUACGGCCACUUUUGACGUGUAAAUCAAGCCUGAGGUGAAGACACCGCACUGUUUUUCUGCGAGCAUCGUCUUGAAGACAGCUUUACAUGUACUGCUGCCACUACUAACCUACAUAUCGUGAUACAGUCGUGAGAAAUUUAUUCGCUGUUUCCAUAAGCUGAACUAACUGAAGGAUUUAAUCUACGAUUGCUUUCUGUCAUUUUGGUAUUCUGUCAAUGUUACAAAAUAGUUAUUUACUUUAAGGUUUUGACAUUUUGUGCUUAGAAAGUAGGUCAAUCAAAUGCAAGUCAUCAGUGAAGACGCACAAUAACCGUUAUUGAUGAUCCAAAACAUUGUGGUGAUAGUGACGUCGCAAGUUUUUUGCGGUGAUGAUGUCGAGUAACUGUGCUCCCGAUUGCAGCAGGAGCCAGGCGCAGACAUGAAAAGGAAGAAACUUCGGCAACACACACCAAGCGGGGUGACGCCGACGAGCACGUGAGGAGCGGCCAUGAAGGGCUGGUUCGACGCGUUCAGGAACGAUGGCGGCCCCACCCUCUACAGCUACAGCAACCGCACCCCUGUCACGGGCGAUGUGCAGACUCUCACACUGUACCUCAUCUUCUUCACCGUCUUCUUGGCCUUCCUCGUCAUCUUCCCCGGCGUCCGGAAGGAGAGAUUCACAACAUUCACAAGCGUAACGCUGAGCCUCUUCGUAGGAACUGUGAUCCUUGUGGCCAGGUACGGGUCAGCAUGGCACGUGGCCCGCACGGAGAUCGUCAGCUCCUACCGCGCGUUCUCGCGGGAGAAGAUUGAAGCUGAGCUGGGAGCGUACGUCGGAUUGGGGCACGUGAACAUCACACUCCGAGGUAACUGCGCUGGCGCACGGCGCUCAAUAGUUCCGAGGGACAGCUGGGCGGACAUCGACUUCAACGAACGGUUCUCGUGGAUGGGCUCCGGUCAGAUGGGGGAGAGCUACAGGGAGGCGCUGGUACGCGGUCUGCCCUACCCCAUACUCACCGUGGCAGAAUAUUUCAGCCUGGGGCAGGAAGGUUUCGCCUGGGGCGGCCAGUACAGGGCUGCCGGCUACUACGGAUCCAUCCUCCUCUGGGCAGCCUUCGCCUCGUGGCUGCUGAUGAACCUACUGCUGGUCGUGGUGCCCCGCUACGGAGCCUUCGCCAUGAUAGUGACGGGCAUGCUGCUCCUCAGCACUGACCUCGUGUACUACAUGCUCAUCCCUUACAACCCCCUGGUUGUGAGGUUCGAAGGGAGUGCACUCAUGUUCCGGCUGGGAUGGUGUUUCUGGCUUGUGAUGACAGCAGGUGUAUUGUGCAUAGCUGUAGGUCUUGUGAUAGCAAUUAUAGACGUCAUCUAUCCUCAUCGCUUCUCCACGAUACUAGAAGUGGAUUAUGACACUCCAUAUGAUCGACACAUCAUUAUAGAAGAGAGUCAUGACACCAGAAAUAACAAAAAGAGAACUUCAGCAAACAGACUGGAGGAACCUACAGGUGCUGGUCUGGGGUCCCGAUUACUCAGACGCCUGUCCAAACGUGAACAAUUAGAGGAUCGUCAGGGUGUGAUUAAUGAAGGUUUUGAAAUGGAUCCUCCAAAGUCUCCAUGGAGGUAUCCAUUCUCUCGCACCAUGGCAGCUGGCAGUAGGGUACCAGUCAGAAUGGGAGGAGGCUUAAGCAGGGCUCCUGGUAGUGUUGGGAUCAGAGAUUUCAACAGGAGCACAUCACAGGAUUCUCAGACCAGUAGCUGCACAGGUUCAAGUGCGGCAUCAAGCCUAGGGUUGUCGUUUCUGCACAAGGAAACUCUGCCACCAGUGCACAGUGACCCUGCUGUCUCUGCAUGUAGAUCUGCAUCAAGAGCAGACUAACCAUUGACAGUGCCACCAUAUCCUCCAAAGGUUGUGCCAAAGGCUUAUAAAACACACUCAAACAACGCUCAUGUCUAGAAUAGCAAAUUACAACAGAGGAGUGAUUGGAGGAAAUCUGUCACUCAGGUUCUGGACUAAACUCUGAUCUGCUCUUUACAAACGAUGUACAUUAUGAAGCUGGAAUGGGUGGAAAGGUUUUCUUUUUAGGUAAGAAUCUUAGGGUCAUGUCAGUAGCAGUCCCAAUGCAAUUGAAAGUAUCUCAUCUAGAGUACCAUUACAGAAGAUUUAAACAUGAAUAAACAGAAUCCGAAGUUUGAUACUAUACCAUCUCCUUAUAAAUUUAUUUACAUUUAAUUUGAAGUAAGAUUUUUAUUACGAUGUUCCUUUUUGCAGCCUGGUCUGUAGGUUGAUCAGUCCAUAGUCUGGGCUGUCUGGGGUAAAGACUGUUCAUGAGAAUGCACUAAUGCAGAGGCUACAUUAUGCUGCUGCUAAGGCAGUGAGUUGGUACAUCUUCACACUUUUCAUUUCACAGAUGUGACUAGCCAUGCCAGAAGCAGACAUUUUUAUGCAAGUUUUAUUUUUCCAUCAACUUUAAACUUACACUGUGGUCACCUACAUUGUGAAACCAUGUAGUCUGAUUGGUGGUUACUAGCAUCUCGGAAGAACGUUCUGCCUGAACAGUUAAGAUUGGAACAGUAGGUCCCCCCCCCCAAAAAAAACUGCCAGACUACAGGUUGUUAUAACCCAGAAGACCACAAUCUAAAUCUUCACAGUCAUGAAAACCUGAGACCUAAUAUUUUUUACAAUUAUAAACUUAGUCAUAAUAUACUAGUAAAUAAUAUGAAUCAGAGUAGUGAUGUCAAGAUUAAGUUAUAGAUUCCAACACAUUUAGGGUCUAAUAAAACAGAUCACAUUAAGAAGAAUAAGAAACCAUGUGGUCCACAAACUGUAUGAGACAGUGGCUGUGCCAACACAGGUACACAGGCCUGAUGGUGAUGGUGAUGGUGCUGGUGUCUCAGUAAAGUAAAAGGACUGGAAGUGCAGAAAUCAAACUGCUGAGGUCUAAGACAGGAUGCAUACCAUAUGAACAUACAUAUAAUGAAGAAGCGAGAUAAGAACUUCUUCCAACAAAUGUUGUUGAGACUACUGAGAGGCCAGAGAACCAUCUGACUGCAACAUGUCCUGAGGAUAAUUCUAUAAAAAGCCAUAGAUAUUGGUGAAGUGUAAGUCAACAGGAAAACAAGACAAACUGGGUGGAAGAACUAAUCUUAAAUAUGCAGAUGGAGCAGGUCUAGUGACCUAAGCCUUGGUGAUAUUGAUAAUGAUUAUGUUGGAUUUUAAUGGGUUAUAUUCUAAUUUACGUAGGUCUGUAGGUAUGUAACACCACAAUGAUGUUGUAAUGUAAGUUCAAAACUUAUUAAAGAUCAUUUAUAAUAACAACAUGUAGAAACAGAAGCCCAUAUGCAUUAUGUGUACCUUAUAAUUUCAUAAAGUUCAAAAUAUAAGCUUUUAUGUUGCCAAAAUCAUGCAGAAAUGUAUGGUUCAUAAUUGUAUUUUUAAUUGAGCCUAGUCCAUAUCAGCUUUCUGCUGCUGUUGUGUUUAUGCCACAGAUAGAGAACUGUCAGCAUUUUAAUUAUUAAAUAUAGUGAGUUCAGUUUCUUUCUUAUAUUAUUGUAGUUUAAGUAGAACUUUAAUUAGAGACAUACCUUUAUGGAUCUGGCUUAUGGGCCUGGCUAUUAUAGAUUUUAACUCAGAAUGAGUGCAGCAAGAUUAUUCUAGUUUUGUUGUCACCCUACAUAGUAACAAAAUCACUGUCAGUUUUUUCACAAUCAUGUAAUGCUCAGAGAAAGCAGUCU